AAAAAAAAAAUCUCCGAAAUAUCUUUCAGCCUGCAUGAAACCACGAGCCAGAGCAAGCCUCCAGCAGCUUCGCCUCUUCUCCGCGAGUCAUCUGCUCAUCGCAUCUUCCCUUGAAGGCCUUUUCUCCGUAAUUCAACGGGUUGUGGAUGUGCAGGUCAUGUUGCAUUCAGGUUCAGUCCCUAGAACCAGCACAUGUCCACCAAGUCUUCAAGGUCCCCGUAUACGCCCGCGACACACAGUUCCGGCGAUGCUUCGUGUCUCUGCUUCAUUGCCAGAUAGUGACAGCAGAUUCAAAGUGGAAUAUACUCCUUGGUUGGUUGUUGGAUUGGGAAAUCCUGGGAAUAAGUACCAUGGCACAAGGCAUAAUGUUGGUUUUGAAAUGAUCGAGCGCAUAUCGCAAGCCGAGGGCAUACUGUUAAACACAAUUCAGUCAAAAGCCUUGAUUGGAAUAGGUUGUAUUGGAGAGGUGCCAUUAGUGUUGGCCAAGCCUCAAGCAUAUAUGAACUUCAUCGGAGAAUCUGUUGCACCGCUUGCAACAUACUACCAGAUUCCUCUUCGACAUAUUUUGUUGGUUUAUGAUGAGAUGAGCUUACCCAAUGGUGUUAUGAGGCUACAACCCAAAGGAGGACAUGGUCAGCACAGCGGGAUGAAGAGUGUGAUGGCUCAUUUGGAUGGUUGCAGAGAAUUUCCUCGGCUCUCAAUUGGUAUUGGGAGUCCACCAGGAACUAUGGAUGUGAAAGCUUUCCUUUUGCAGAAGUUCAGCUCAGUGGAACGUGAACAGGGUCAAGACUCAUGUUCUCAAAACAUAGAUUGUUAAAGAUUAGUCACAGGGUAGGAAUUCAGCUGAAAAUUCGUAGGACUCUUUAAUGGGUAUUGGCUUUUUAUACAGAUUGAUGAGGCAUUGGAUCAAGGAGUUCAGGCUGUGAGGGCAUUAGUGCUCAGCGGAUUUAGCAAGCGUAUAAGCAGAUUUAAUUUGGGGCAGAAGUAUAAGUAUCACAAAGUUUGAUAUUACUGAUUGAAUUAUAUUGUAUUCCUCCCAUAUGUCUGAUCAACAAGAAAGAAACAAUUGCAAAGCCUUGAUUAUACUAAGUACAGUCAGUUAUCCGAA